AUUCAUUGAAGAGUAUGUAAAAUGUAUGAGACCAGUUUCAUUAGCUCUACAAAUCCUGCAGGGUGACACUGACGUCAGUUAUGGAUAUCUCCUCCCCACACUUAUUUCGACGAAGAACAAAUUAACGAAAUUGCUCAGUGAAGAUUUGACUUAUUGUAAGCCAUUGGUCACUGUCCUGGCAACGAGCUUGCAAACCAGAUUUUCCAAUUAUUUCAAUGUUGACGAGGAUGGAGAGGCUGCGGCUGUAGCAGCGGCAGUUCAUCCUAAAUUUAAACUACGCUGGCUUCCAUGUUUGGACACAAGCGCUCAAAAGAACGUUAGGAAUGCCAUUACAAAUGCCAUCAUUUCCUGCCGUAGCCCCUCAGAAAAUAUUCAAAGUAAAGAAGAACCACUCAUCGAUGGCUUCGAUUUUGAUGUUGGGGGCCAAACUCAGGCCACUAUACAAUGUAAUCUGGAAAUAAGUGCUGAUGAGACUGAUUUCAGGAGAUUUUGCAAUGAUACCAAAACUGAUCUGUCUCUUCUACAUGCAUACCCUGCAGUCAAAGCAAUUUAUUUGAAGUUUAACACUUUAUUACCAUCAUCAGCCUCAGUCGAAAGACUUUUCAGUUUUGCUGGGAUGUUUGACAUUGCAAAAUUCAAUCGUCUGACUGAUGCAAAUUUUGAAAAAAGAGUAUUGUCUAAAGCAAAUCGAGUCAUGGAAAUUGUAGAAUAUACCAACGAUGACUAGCAUUAUUUUUCCCAAUCCUCAU